GUCUAUAUAACAUAUUUAUAAAUGUGCCCCUGUACUUUUAAUAGUUUCUACAAUUAGGCCAAAAUUUUGUGGUGAAUAUUAAUACAACAACAGGGACAAUUUUGUCAUUAAAUAAAUCCAACCAGCUUCAGUUAAUAAUAACACUGUUUCCUUUACCCUUUAUCCAAACCAAACAAAAAAACUCAGCAAAACGAAUUCUCUGCUAAUGGCAACGAAGACGUCGAGUCCAAAUUUAUUUCCAAUUUUACCCUCCACAAAUCCCAUUUUCUCCUUUCUCUCCCACCCUCCUUACGUGGCUCGUUUCCGCCGGCAAACUACCUCGUUCACAAUUCGCAGUCGACUGCGGCGGAAACCACCGCCGGAAACCAUCUCCCUCCGCCGCAGCUCCGAUUCCGGACCCUUGUUAAAUUCCAGCUACAGUGCCGGCAAAGGGGAUUUGUUGAUAACGACCGUAGAUGAAGAAACGACCUCAUCGGAUAAAGAUUCGUUCCGCAAGAAAAAAUAUUCGACCAACUCCAAAAGAUUGUUUGGGGUCGACUUAACUGCGGAUAAUAUUGCGGUUGCUAUGGUAUAUUUUGUGCAAGGUGUUUUGGGUCUUUCGAGGCUUGCAGUCAGUUUCUACUUGAAAGAUGACCUCCAUCUUGAUCCUGCAGAGACAGCUAUUAUAUCUGGAAUUUCAUCGUUGCCUUGGCUUGUGAAACCAUUGUAUGGAUUCAUCAGUGAUUCCUUCCCACUUUUCGGCUAUCGAAGAAGGUCGUAUUUGGUCAUUUCGGGACUUCUAGGAGCUCUGUCAUGGAGUUUGAUGGCUGCAUUUGUUGAUAGUAAAUAUGGUGUUACGUUCUGCAUACUUCUCGGGUCUCUUUCUGUAGCAUUUUCGGAUGUAGUAGUGGACUCGAUGGUUGUAGAGAGAACACGUGGCGAAUCACAAAGCAUGUCUGGUUCUCUUCAGUCACUGUGUUGGGGCUCUUCAGCUUUUGGAGGCAUUGUUAGUUCCUACUUCAGUGGGUCUUUGGUCGGUGCCCACGGUGUGAGGUUUGUCUUUGGAUUAACAGCUUUGCUUCCAUUGAUAACAUCUGCAGUUGCUGUCCUAGUGGAAGAGCAGCCCGUUUUCAGCCCGGUAAAGGGGGAAAAAAAUAUUUUGUUGGAUAGCGCGGGCUUUCUAGAAAGUUCUAGAAACAACAUUAUGCAGUUGUGGGAUACUAUAAAGCAACCCGAUGUAUUUCUUCCCACCUUAUUUAUCUUCCUAUGGCAAGCAACACCACAGUCUGAUUCAGCCAUGUUCUAUUUCACUACAAAUGAACUCGGUUUUACUCCAGAGUUUCUCGGACGUGUGAAGUUUGUCACUUCAAUUGCAUCAUUAGUUGGUGUUGGAGUUUACAAUGGUUACUUGAAAAGUGUACCUUUAAGGAAGAUAUUUCUUGUCACUACUCUUAUUGGUUCAACCCUCGGAAUGACUCAAGUUUUGCUCGUCACUGGAUUGAAUCGACAACUUGGUAUAAAUGAUGAGUGGUUUGCAAUUGGUGACUCAUUGAUACUAACGGUUCUUGGUCAGGUAUCGUUCAUGCCAGUCCUGGUAUUAGCAGCAAGAAUAUGCCCGAUGGGCAUGGAAGCUACUCUUUUCGCAACGCUGAUGUCCAUAUCAAACGGAGGGAGUGUACUUGGCGGUUUGAUAGGAGCUUUACUAACUCAAAUAUUCGGUGUCACAAAGGAUGAAUUUCACAACUUGACUUAUUUAAUCAUUCUCUGCAAUCUCACUUCAUUGUUACCUUUGCCUCUACUAGGCCUCCUCCCUCAAGAUAUAUCUCAUGUCGAUUUAAAAGAAAAUAUAGUGAGUGAAACGAAAUCGAGUUGAGCAAUGUAGUUUGUAGGAUUAAGUGUUAUAGGUGGAUGAAUACAUGUAAAUAACCAAAUGUUAUAGUAUAGUUCUACAAAGUUGCUAUACUUGUCCAAACUUGUAGGGUGAUGAUCUCUUGAUUGUAUUUGCAAACCUUUCUAGAUUCUUUCACAUAUAUGAUAUACAUGUAUAUAUAUAAUAUACUUGAUUG